CCACUGACCCCGCAUCUACUGCAUUAAAUUUUAACCUUUCUUUAUUCAAUUUUUCAUCUUACCUUAUGAUAUACAGCAAAUACUUUUCAUUCGAAUAAACUUGUUCAUUGAUAUUUUACAUCAACAAGUUAUAAGUAGUGACAUAUUUUGCAACAAACAAAAAGUGCUACGGAAAAAUGGUCAGUUUUUCCCAAAUACUAUUUAUAAUUUGUUUAACAAGGACGGUUAUUACAACUUUUCAUUCUAAUGAGAAUUUAGUCGCAGUAGUUCAGCUUUUUCGACACGGACACAGAACACCAGUUACAUUUUAUACCAAUGAUCCUUAUUCCGAUAAAAUAUAUUGGGGAGGUCUCGGCGAGGGUCAAUUAACAGGGGAAGGCAAACGUCAACAAUACCGCUUGGGUCAAUUUACACGACAACGUUACGGAGGUUGGUUACCUCAGAAGUAUGAUAAGUCUAUAUUUUACGCCAGAACAACUGACGUGGAAAGAACUCAUAUGUCUGCAUUAUCCAAUAUAUAUGGAUUAUAUCCGGCAACAACUGACGAUAUAUGGCAUCCAUUCUCUGAUUGGCAUCCAAUCCCGGUUCAUACAGCUGAUCCCAAAGUAUUCAAUACUUUCCCGCCUUUUUCAUGUAAAAGUUAUUAUAUAGAAAGGUCAAAUUAUUUGGCUGGAAAUGAAUCGUUAGCAAUUAAUGAGAAGUAUACUAAGCUUUAUCGAUAUAUUUCUCAUAAUUCAGGCGAAAAUGUAACUAGUUUGAGAGAAGUACAUAAUGUUUAUGAUUGUUUGGCAGCUGAACACAGCAUAGGUUUGCCAUUACCGAAAUGGGCCAAACAUAUUUAUCCACAGCCGCUGUCGGAUUUGGAUGCACUAUAUUUUGACUCAUUUUCACAUACUGUCAAGUUGCAGAGAUUGGGAACUGGUACUCUACUUUUCGAGAUUCUGAAGUAUUUUGACGACAUGACAAGAGACCCAACAACAUCCCAAAAAUUUCAAAUGUUUAGCGGCCAUGAUUACAAUAUAGCUGGUGUUUUAAAUUCCUUGGGGGCUUUCAAUCCUCCACGUUCCGUACCUUUUGCGAGUAGUAUUUAUUUUGAACUAAGAAAAAAUAGAAAUAAUACUUACUAUGUGAAUGCUUGGUUCAAAGAACAAAGCAAACUCAAAGGAAUCAGGAUCAAGGGUUGUGAAAUUGAUUGUCCUUUAGAUGAAGUAAAACAUCGAUUGAGUAAAAUUUUAAUCGAUGUGAAAACUCUGGAUUUAGAAUGCCAAGAAAACUCACAAUUUAUUAGUACAGUGGCGAAGGAAUUUUACGAUGCAUUCAAUGAAGAAUUUAAUUCUAAGUCUAAGUCGGAUAAACAAAAGAAAAUUUAAAUAAAAUUAGUCACUCGAGUAUAUUUAUAAUUAUUUGACUUAAAUUGAUGAAUAGAUAAAUUGACAAAUAUA